AUGAAAGAAUGGAAACACUACAGAGAAUUACUCCUUACAUGGGAAUCCUUGUUACCAGAUAGAUUUUGCUGGAAGGUUUCGGGCGCAUUCCUAGUAGUUUUUUUCCUCCUUUUACGUUGGUAUGAUUCAUUACUACCGGUAAUACAACCGCAAUUCGAAAUCACUUCGUUUUCUCUCACAAACUUCAAAAUUUCUCCAGCCCACCAGAGGCUCACAGCCAACUGGAAUGCUACGUUUGAAGUCCAUUACCCUAACAGUAGAUUCGAUAAGAUUUACUAUGAAUUCUACCCUUUAAUUUCUUACAAUAGUGACAUGUUAACAAGGGCACCAGCACAAGUCAUAGAACAAGACGGCAUGAGUACUACCACCAUUGAUGUUGGACUCUCGGUUGUGGAUUCUUUUGUUGGUGAGCAGGUGGUUUAUGGGAUCAAUAAGGACAGGGCAGCAAGUGGGAAGGUAGGGUUUGAUUUGGGAUUGAAGGCUAACUCUGUAGCGAUGAUGGGUGUCUUUCGGACGGACUGGGGGCUCCUUACUCUUCUGUGUCGUAAUGUGGAGGUUGGGCUUUCAGCUACUAGUGAAUCAGGGAAUUUGGUUGGUGGAGCUAAGCCAUGUGAACUUAGAGGGCAUUUCAUUUAA